AUCCAACAUGGUCAGUAGACUGCACGAUAUGCUCAUCCUGUGCUCAGCUUUCUUCCUGAAGGGAAGAAUGCGAGGCCCAAGUGAAAAACUUUCAUGGUGCUGUCUACAAGAAGCUCGCCACCGAGACGGAAGCCCUCGCAUUUAUGACCACAGAAUCGCAUCUCAACCCUCCUUCUUCAAGACUGUCCUCGUCUGCGGUAUUGCCUCCUGCCAUAAGUCCGCCGCGGAGUGUGGCGUCAACAUCGUCGACAUUCCGCCCUUCUGCUGCUGCUGCUGCUCUUGCGAAUGUCAAAGAAGACGAGCCUGGCUAUGAUGUUGUCUAUUCUGAUGGUGCAUGUAAAGGAAACGGACAGGUUGGUUCGGUUGCGGGUGUGGGUGUGUGGUGGGGUUGGAACGAUCCUAGAAAUAUCGCCGAACGAUGUCCUGGAGACCAAACAAAUAAUAGGGCGGAGCUCAUUGCAAUCGUUCGGACAUUGGAGACCGCGCCAUUCUCUCAGCGUCCUCUCAUGAUAAAAACAGACUCAAUGUAUUCCAUACAAUGCUUUGAAUCCUGGCUUCCAAAGUGGAGCGCAAACGGCUUUCGAACGGCCAACGGCCAGUCCGUCAAGAACGCCGAACUGAUCAGGUACUUGGCAGCAUUGCUAUAUGCCCGGGAACAGGCAGGACCAAAAAUCGUGUUCAAGCAUGUCAGAGGUCACGUUGGAAUCGAAGGCAACGAGUGCGCCGACCGAUUAGCUAACGAUGGUACUCUACAACCAGAGCUGCCGGAACGGGAUUGGGAGCAGCUAACCCGUGACUUGAAAAAGAAGCCAAGGACGUCGAGGACGGUACCUGAGCCAGUCAAGUCGGACACAUCUACGUCACGACAAGCCACUGUCAUAUCUAGCGGUUCCUCUAGCAGGCUUCCACAGCCAUCCAAUGAUGCAUUUCCUCCAGGAGAACAUACACCCAAGCCAGGGUUGCUCAGCCAAGCAGAACUAGACGCCUAUGCAAGUUGCCUUCUUGAAACGGAUGACUUGGAAUCGGAUUUAGGCUGAACCUUAGGAGCCUUGGCCAAGCCUUGGCUACGUCGGAGUUUGUCUUAUGACACGGGAUUCUAUGAACUUCUAUCGGCGCCUAACCAUGGUUUAUAUACAUAUGGGACACGCUACCCAGCUAUGAAUAAACCCAUCAAGGGCUUUGACCGCUACGGUACACGAAACUUCCCAAGCGUUUGAAUAGCCAAUGGCCA